CCCGGCUCUGGGCAGCGCGAGCAGCAAGCCGCCGCCGCCGCCUCUCUGCGCCCCCGGGGCAGGCGGGAGCGCAACCGACCCCUCGCCGCGGCUCAGACCUCGCCCGCGCGCGGUUGAUAGGAGGAGAGCAUUGGAGCUGUUUUCUCCUUGAUGCCAAGAUACAUCAAGCUAGGAGCACUCUCCUGUUUUCACAUUCAUCCAUCAAGAACAGGCCUGCAGGACGUGGGGACCAAGACUGGAGCUCUGCUGCUCCCUGGCUACUCCCUGUCGCCCAUGGGCAUGGCCUGUGUCGGCAACUGAGCACUGCCUGAGUGGCGAGGAGCACCAGCAUGGGUUACCCUGUUGGCCGUCCUUGGCCACCCUGCUGCUGAAGCUGCCCCAGAGAGACUUGUGGGGGCUGCCCUGCCUAUGCUCACCCAGGCUGCGGGGCUAGGGGCCUGCCAAGGCUAGGAGUGGGGCCCGCCAUUCAUGGGUCUCUAGGGAUUUCCGAGAUGCCUGGGAAGACAGGCUGGGGCUGGUGGUGGGCCCGGCUGCCUCUUUGCCUGCUCCUUAGCCUUUAUGGCCCCUGGAUGCCUUCCUCCCUGGGGAAGCCCAAGGGCCACCCCCACAUGAAUUCCAUCCGCAUAGAUGGGGACAUCACACUGGGAGGCCUGUUCCCUGUGCACGGCCGGGGCUCAGAGGGCAAGGCUUGUGGAGAACUUAAGAAGGAAAAGGGCAUCCACCGACUGGAGGCCAUGCUCUUUGCCCUGGAUCGCAUCAACAAUGACCCGGACCUGCUGCCCAACAUCACGCUGGGCGCCCGCAUUCUGGACACCUGCUCGAGGGACACCCAUGCCCUCGAGCAGUCGCUGACCUUUGUGCAGGCGCUCAUCGAGAAGGAUGGCACGGAGGUCCGCUGUGGCAGUGGCGGCCCACCCAUCAUCACCAAACCUGAACGUGUGGUGGGUGUCAUCGGUGCUUCAGGGAGCUCAGUCUCCAUCAUGGUGGCCAACAUCCUCCGUCUCUUCAAGAUCCCCCAGAUCAGCUACGCCUCCACAGCCCCCGACCUGAGUGACAACAGCCGCUACGACUUCUUCUCCCGAGUGGUGCCCUCGGACACAUACCAGGCCCAGGCCAUGGUGGACAUCGUUCGCGCCCUCAAGUGGAACUACGUGUCCACGCUGGCCUCGGAGGGCAGCUACGGUGAGAGCGGCGUGGAGGCCUUCAUCCAGAAGUCUCGGGAGGAUGGGGGCGUGUGCAUUGCUCAGUCGGUGAAGAUACCACGGGAGCCCAAGCCUGGGGAAUUUGACAAGAUCAUCCGGCGCCUCCUGGAGACCUCAAAUGCCAGGGCGGUCAUCAUCUUUGCCAAUGAGGAUGACAUCAGGCAUGUGCUGGAGGCAGCACGGAAGGCUAAUCAGACAGGCCACUUCUUCUGGAUGGGCUCGGACAGCUGGGGCUCCAAGAGCGCACCUGUGCUGCACCUGGAGGAGGUGGCGGAGGGCGCUGUCACCAUCCUCCCCAAGAGGAUGUCUGUGCGAGGCUUCGACCGCUACUUCUCCAGCCGCACGCUGGACAACAACCGGCGCAACAUCUGGUUUGCCGAGUUCUGGGAGGACAACUUCCAUUGCAAGCUCAGCCGCCACGCGCUCAAAAAGGGCAGCCACGUCAAGAAGUGCACCAACCGAGAGCGCAUUGGGCAGGACUCGGCAUAUGAGCAGGAGGGGAAGGUGCAGUUUGUGAUUGAUGCUGUGUAUGCCAUGGGCCACGCGCUGCACGCCAUGCACCGUGACCUGUGUCCGGGCCGCGUGGGGCUCUGCCCACGCAUGGAUCCUGUGGACGGCACCCAGCUGCUCAAGUACAUCCGCAACGUCAACUUCUCAGGCAUCGCCGGGAACCCCGUGACCUUCAAUGAGAAUGGAGAUGCCCCCGGGCGCUACGACAUUUACCAGUACCAGUUGCGCAAUGGCUCAGCUGAGUACAAGGUCAUCGGCUCCUGGACCGACCACCUACACCUCAGAAUAGAGCGGAUGCAGUGGCCGGGGAGUGGGCAGCAGCUGCCCCGCUCCAUCUGCAGCCUGCCCUGCCAGCCGGGCGAGCGGAAGAAGACCGUGAAGGGCAUGCCCUGCUGCUGGCACUGUGAGCCCUGCACGGGGUACCAGUACCAGGUGGAUCGCUACACCUGUAAGACCUGUCCGUAUGACAUGCGGCCCACAGAGAACCGCACGGGCUGCCGACCCAUCCCCAUCAUCAAGCUCGAGUGGGACUCGCCCUGGGCCGUGCUGCCCCUUUUCCUGGCCGUGGUGGGCAUCGCUGCCACGCUCUUUGUGGUGGUCACCUUCGUGCGCUACAACGACACGCCCAUCGUCAAGGCCUCGGGCCGCGAGCUGAGCUACGUGCUGCUGGCUGGCAUCUUCCUGUGCUACGCCACCACCUUCCUCAUGAUUGCCGAGCCUGACCUGGGGACCUGCUCUCUGCGCCGAAUCUUCCUGGGGCUGGGCAUGAGCAUCAGCUACGCGGCCCUGCUCACCAAGACCAACCGCAUCUACCGCAUCUUCGAGCAGGGCAAGCGGUCGGUCAGCGCCCCGCGCUUCAUCAGCCCGGCCUCGCAGCUGGCCAUCACCUUCAGCCUCAUCUCGCUGCAGCUGCUUGGCAUCUGCGUGUGGUUUGUGGUGGACCCCUCCCACUCGGUGGUGGACUUCCAGGACCAGCGGACGCUCGACCCCCGCUUCGCCAGGGGCGUGCUCAAGUGCGACAUCUCGGACCUGUCGCUCAUCUGCCUGCUGGGCUACAGCAUGCUGCUCAUGGUCACGUGCACCGUGUACGCCAUCAAGACACGCGGUGUCCCGGAGACCUUCAACGAGGCCAAGCCCAUUGGCUUCACCAUGUACACCACCUGCAUCGUCUGGCUCGCCUUCAUCCCCAUCUUCUUUGGCACCUCGCAGUCGGCAGACAAGCUGUACAUCCAGACAACGACGCUGACCGUCUCGGUGAGUCUGAGCGCCUCGGUGUCCCUAGGGAUGCUCUACAUGCCCAAGGUCUACAUCAUCCUCUUCCACCCGGAGCAGAAUGUGCCCAAGCGCAAGCGCAGCCUCAAAGCCGUCGUCACCGCCGCCACCAUGUCCAACAAGUUCACGCAGAAGGGCAGCUUCCGGCCCAAUGGUGAGGCCAAGUCUGAGCUCUGCGAGAACCUGGAGACCCCAGAUGGUGAGACCGAAGCUCCGCUGAAGGACUCUGGGGCCCCUGGCUUGUAGCUGAGGGCCGAAUGCGCUUCCAGGUUCUGGAACCCAAGGACUGGAUUUUCUAUUGGAGACAGCUCUGGUCUUAGAGGGACAGCCGGGCCCAACUGUCCCUCACCUCCCCCACCACCUGCUCCCCUCUCACCCGCCUCGGUGCCCCCACGGCCGCCCUCAGGCGCCCAUUUCCCUACAGUUGGUGGUUUUGCUGCUGCUGCUGCUGCUGUAGUUUUCCUUCACCCCUGAGCCAUGGCUGCUGACGGGUUUACAGGUUUGGAAACUCAAUUUUAUCAGUUCACCCAGGGGGUGAUGGAGCCCUGGGGAACUGAUUCUCAUCGGCCUGGCCUGCAGCUCGUGAUUAAGCUGCCGGCUCACUUUCUGACGGUGCUGGAUAGCGGAGGGUGGAGACUGGGGCUGGGGGAGCCCCUUAGGACAAGCAGUUGGGGCAAAAGGGCCACCGCUCUCAUGUAACAGGUAGGGAAACUGAGGCCUAGCAGGGUGGGGGAAGAGCUUCCGGAAGUCACAGAGGGGGGGAUUAGAGGCUCCUGUCCCUAGAUCUGUGCACCCUCAUACCUCCCUCUCAGCACCUCUGGCCUCAUGGCGGGUUCCUUCCCCAAGUAUGCCCGGCCAGGCACCUCACGGGUGCUGUCCAUGGUCCUUCUACUCUCAUAGUCAGCCGGCGCCCUGGAGGCCUAUGGGUCAUUUUAGAAAUGAAGGUGGCAAGUCUUGGCACACUGUAAGGUGCUGUGUUCUUACUCUCUUCCUGAAGUCAUGGGCCCCGUCACCUGUCCCGGUGGCACCUAAAACUCAAAACUUCCCGGCUACUGCCCAGCCAAGUGAUUGUUCAUGUUCUGCUUGAAUAUUUCCACGACCACAUAAGGCCAUCCUCUCCACUCAGCUCUGGCCAGGAGAAAGUUCGUCCUUUCCUUUCGUUCACCUGCCCUCCACCCCGCGUGCCUCCCCACUGGUCCUGCGGUGCCGUCCUCUGCUCACCCCACCCCCAACGAGUUUGCUUCUUGCCGCACUUGAUGGGCCCUCUGAGAGUUGGACCCAGCAAUCUGGCCCGUGUCAGUGGGCUUCCAGCUACACUGGUGUGGUAGAUGGGCAGGAAUGGGGACCCGGGUUUCUUCCAUCUGGCUCCGUUGGCUCCCAGAGGGCUGUGCUGAGGCUAGUUGCCCUCAGUGUCUGUUCUGUCCCUGGAAAGCAGAAGAGAGGAAGUACAGGAGAAACCAUCUGUUUUAAUCAAAUGACACGCAAGUCACACACAGCCCUCACGACCCUCACGUGUCAUUCGCAGGAACGCCAUCAAGCAGGGAGCUCGGGAAAUGUAGUCUUUACUUGGCAGUCAUGGGCCCUGGGAAAACGGGGUAGAGAGGAUUGGGGGGUACCGUGGGCAGCCCACCGCACUGCUCCCCUCAGUGCCCUCUGCCCCAGGCCAGAUGCCUUGGCCAUGCACUCCUUUCCCGAGAAGACAGGACCCUGAUGGGGUAUCAGGGCAGCUUUGCAAACAAAGGCCCCCUGAUUGUCUCCCAUCCAGCCUCCUCUGGGCACCAGCAUACAACUCCCACCCCAAGCGGCAAGGCUGACCUUGAUUACUCUCCACUGAGCUGUCCCAGGCCGUGGAGGGAGACCCUGGAUCCGGACAGGACAGAACC